CGUCAAGUGAUUUUGUAUUUAAAAAAAAUAAACUAAAUAAAUAUAUAAAUAAAUAAAAUAAGUUUGGGCCUUGGGCCGCAUGCCAAAAUCCUCCAAGUUUGAUCCAAAACCCUCCGAACUUCUCGAUCUCGUCACCAGCGCGCGCUCUGAUCGACGGUUAUCUUUCGAAAGUCCGGCACUGUGGAAAUGAGACCCCCUCCCUUCUUCCUGCGUCUGAUGUUCUUCAUCAAUUUGCGGUGCUCUUCAAGCAUUCCAAUCCAGGAGUUUUGGUCUUGUACGUCAUUAGUUUUUAGUAAAUGCCUAAUCUACCCGACAUAAUGGGCAACGUUGCCAGUUCGGUUGCCUCAGGAUUCUUUUCAGCCGUUGGCAAACUCUUUCGAUCCCCACUGGAUUUUCUUUCUGGAAAAUCCUGCAGUUCGGUGUGUGGAUCAACAUGGGAUUUCAUAUGUUACAUAGAAAAUUUCUGCGUCGCCAAUUUGCUAAAGUUGGGCAUGGUCUUGAUCCUCUCAUUAUUUGUUAUUUUGCUCCUGUAUUUGUUACAUAAAAUUGGCAUCUUUGGAUGCAUCUGUCGGGGGCUCUGCAGAAUGACGUGGACAUGUAUAGCUUCAUACUUCUAUGCAUGGGAUUACUGCUGCACUUUCAUGUGUAUCAAGCUUGGCAGUGUCAAAAGAACAAGAAGACGGCGCCAUAGAAGAAGAGACCUGGAAGAAGAGUUUGAAAGUGAAGGAGGAAAACACCGGUAUGGGUCAUCGAGCGAUUCGAGUAGUGUCCCUGAACGCAUUGAGUUGAGAAGUAGUCAACGGGCAUCUCGUAGAUGGAGGAUGAACCACAGAGGUUCUCAAAUGAGAAAGGCAUUGAGGCCUAAGAGUCGUGGAAUUCGAGUAAGAAGCGGUCGAACAUUGGUCUAUGGUAAGCAUAGAAGAAAAUCCAGUGAGGUUGUGAAUCGUUUGGGUGAGAUCCAUAGCCUUGGAAGGCAUGGAUCAUCUAAGUUUGUGCAUGAAGAAAUAAGGUACAAAAGAGGAAGGCAGAAAUGAUAACAAAAGUAAGUGUUUUGAAAACUUAUUUUUUUCUUUCAAAAAUUGACUUAGCUUUUAAAAAUAUUUUUAAAAAAUUAAUAAUAAAACAAAUACUAAUAAGUGAAAGUAGUAGUUGUAAACCUCAUUUUUACAAAAAUGGAAAAUAGAAAAUAAAAUGGUUAAAUUUGGGGCUUAAU